AUGGAUGCAGCAGGAGGAGGUGCGACAAGUUUGAGAAACGUUUCAUCUCCAACUCCGUACCUGUUUGGUGGCUUAGCAUUUAUGUUUGGACUCAUUGCAAUGGCAUUGAUGCUUCUAGCUUGUUCUUAUCACAAUCAACAACAUUCUUCAUCAUCUACCGAUAAUACCUCGCCGGCAAAGACAACGGGAAUGGAAGUGGAAGAUUCGGAGCCUAAGAUUGUUGUUAUAAUGGCUGGAGAUAGCAACCCUACAUACUUGGCCAAGCCUAUGUCAUCGUCCACAUGCCACAAUCAAGAAUCCGUUUAG